UCAGCCAAUCAGCUAGAUUUACUGUUCGAACGUCUCGUAACGUAUUUAAUAUACAUGAGACAAGCACGGGCGCUCUUUAAAGUUAAAUAAACGCUGUGGCGCGACUUGUGUUGCAAACAGUAUGCAGCAUCGUUGAGGGACCGGCAGAGAACUUGAGAGACGAACCGAACCUGCGUACGAGCGAGACUGUUCUAGAGAAUGACGUCCAUUUGUCCAAGAUGCGACAAGACGGUGUAUUUCGCGGAGAAAGUAACCUCUCUGGGGAAAAAUUGGCACCGUUUCUGUCUGAAAUGUGAACGCUGUAGUAAGAUUCUGUCUCCCGGAGGCCAUGCAGAGCAUGAUGGAUUGCCAUACUGUCAUAAACCAUGCUACGGGACCCUCUUUGGACCAAAAGGUGUAAAUAUUGGAGGGGCGGGGUCUUACAUAUAUGACACGCCACCUCAAACACCUGUCGACAAAUCAUUUAGCAGUCCUUCAGAAGGAUCACCCACUACACCUUGGACCAACACACAGAUUACCUAUCAUCAACCUAAAGCUCUUACUGCUCCUACACGUAUGUUUGCUGGAGAGACUUAUCUGUGUCCUGGCUGUGGAAAAGCAGUUUAUUUUGCUGAGAAGGUGAUGUCUUUGGGGCGCAACUGGCACAGGCCUUGCCUUCGCUGUGUGAGGUGCAAAAAAACACUGACCCCUGGUGGCCAUGCAGAGCACGAGGGCAAGCCCUACUGCCAUGUGCCCUGCUAUGGGUACCUUUUUGGACCAAAGGGUGUGAACAUUGGAAAGGUGGGAUGUUACAUUUAUGAGAAAGAAAAUACAGAGAAUGAAAUGCCAAGUGAACAUUAGGUCAAAAAGGAAAAGCUCUUUUUUAUUUUUUACAGAAAUGUUUUUUUUUUCUUUCUUUCUUUCUUUUUUUUUUUUUUUUUUUU